AUGAGUUCAGGUGUGGAUUCAUCAGUAUCAGCUGCCUUGUAUGCAUCCAAAUAUCCUAAUGUCAAGGGGAUAUUCAUGGCAAAUUGGUCACAGACAUCGAAUUGUAUAGAAAGAGAUUGGAAUGAUGUUCAAAGAGUAUGUGCCGAUUUAAGUAUCUCUUGUGAAAGAGUUAAUUUUGAAAAAGAAUAUUGGCAUCAAGUGUUCAAUCCUAUGAUUGAAAUGUAUCAACGAGGAUUAACUCCAAAUCCUGAUAUUAAUUGUAACAAAUUCGUUAAAUUCGGUAAAAUGAUUGAAUAUCUUACUGAUAAAUAUCAAAAUCUGUCUAAGAAAUGGUGGUUAGUUACGGGUCAUUAUGCUAGAGUCAUGAAACAUAAACCAACGGGGGAAUAUCAUUUAUUAAGAGGAUAUAGUCAGAAUAAAGAUCAAUCGUAUUAUUUAUCAUCGAUAUCAUCACAAACGUUAAGUAAGAUCCUCAUGCCGAUCGGCCAUUAUAUCAAACCUCGAGUACGUGAAUUAGCGGAAGAAUUUAAAUUACAUGUAUCUGAUAAACCUGAUUCCCAAGGCUUAUGUUUUGUUAGUCAAGAUGCUAAACAUUUUCGAGAUUUUUUAGAUGAAUAUAUUGAAUCCAAUCCAGGGAAUAUCAUUACUGAAGAUGGGAAAAUUUGGGGGAAACAUAGAGGAUUAUGGUAUGCUACUAUUGGCCAAAAAUCAUCGAUUUCAAUGCCUCAAGGUGAUGAACAAUAUAAUGGAGUUUGGUUUGUGAGUGAGAAGAAUUAUGAUAAGAAUGAAUUAGUGAUUGUUCGGGGUUCAACUAAUCCUAAAUUAUUCAAAUCCCGUGCUAAAGUUAUAAACUUUGAAUGGAUGAUAACACCAGAAGAAAUCUCACAAUUGGAUAUGAAUCAAUUAACAUUCCAAUAUCAAAAUGUUAUUAAUGAGGCACAGUCCUCUACAUUUACGGUUGAAUUCAAAACCCCAGUAAGAGCAUUGGCACCAGGUCAAAGUUUUGUCAUUUAUCAAGAUUGUCGAAUCUUAGGGUCUGGAAUAAUAGACGAAACGUUUUCGUAG